GACUUGGAACGGCAGUUGGAAGAGCAAAAAAAGCAAGCCCAAGAUCCUAGACUGAAAUCCCAGACGGUUCAAAAUGUGGUACUAAUGCCUGUGAGCACCCCAAAGCCUCCGAAAAGACCCCGGCUCCAGCGGCCGGCCUCCACCACUGUCCUGAGUCCUUCUCCUGUCCAGCAGCCUCAGUUCACUGUCAUCUCGCCCAUCACCAUCACCCCCGUGGGGCAGUCCUUCUCCAUGGGCAAUAUUCCGGUGGCUACCCUCAGCCAGGGCUCCAGUCCUGUGACUGUCCACACGCUGCCUUCUGGCCCUCAGCUCUUCCGCUACGCCACAGUGGUUUCCUCUGCCAAGAGCAGCUCACCAGACACAGUGACCAUCCACCCUUCAUCAAGCUUGGCACUGCUAAGCUCCACCACUAUGCAGGAUGGGAGUACCCUGGGCAAUAUGGCCACCAUGGUGAGCCCCGUGGAGUUGGUGGCCAUGGAGUCUGGCCUGACUUCAGCAAUCCAGGCUGUUGAAAGCACCUCGGAGGACGGGCAGACCAUCAUCGAGAUUGACCCGGCCCCAGACCCUGAGGCUGAAGACACUGAGGGCAAAGCGGUCAUCUUGGAGACAGAGCUGAGGACUGAGGAGAAAGUGGUGGCUGAGAUGGAAGAACACCAGCAUCAAGUCCACAAUGUGGAGAUUGUGGUCUUGGAGGACUAACUGGGGAUGGGGGCCGAGAGCUAUGUUUUGGUUUGGGAUUUUAAUUAUGUUUAUUUUUAUCAUUGUCCCACUCAUUUCCACAUAGAACCUUUUUUUUAAAAAAACAAACAAACUACAAAAUCUUGUUGUAACUGACAAUGUUGGGUUCCUCCUAUCCCCUCACUGACAAAUGGACAGAACAAGCUACCUUUCCAGAAGUUAGGAACAGGUCAUCCGGUGUCCUACUCAUCUUCCCCCAAGGAAGGUAUUGCUUUUAGGGGAGGUGUCAAAGUAACCAGGAACCCUUUUCAGAAUAGUCUGUUUGUAUACACAUGCAUGGUUUCACUCUUGUAAAGACGCAUUGACCAAACUCCGGAACACAGACCUGACAGCAGAAGACGACCGGCUCUCGCAUGGAUACAGAAAUGCACUUGCCUCUGUGUCCUGGAUAUGGCCUCAGAGGCCAAUGCAAAACUCUGAAACAAAAGGAAGUUGAACUCUGCUUAGAGCAGAGAGCAGCAUGUCAUCAGCAGCUUAAAACGGGAAGUCCUUUGACAAGGAGGGGGCAAGGAAUGAUCUUCCAGGGGUGCAUCUGAUGCCCCUCAAGCCCUUUGAGGGUUGGGUACCAUUUUGAGAAGAGGCCAGUGAUAUGCAGAAGGCCACACAGCAAUCAAGGGAUUGUCACAGCUGUGCUUUUGGGAUAGCUCACCUUGCCUCCAGCCUUGUCAAAGUGCUCACCCUCCUCACUGAGGAUUAUUAGUCCAUUCCUUUGCAGACUGUGAUACGGUGUAAAUUGCUCUAGUUCUUGGACUGUGGCUUUCAUGGGGUGGGGCUCCAAGGCCAUCCAUCAUAUUGGUUUCUUGACUCCAGGAAUAGCAGAGUUCCUCAUGCCGACCAGCUGCUAUUUCUGGGAGCCCUGCCUACAAGUGGGUGUGGUGUGGUGUGGUGUGGUGUGGUGUGGUGGUGUGUAUGUGUGUGUGUGUGUACAUGUUUUGGCUUUGGAACCAAAAGCAGUCGCUCACUUGGUGCUUCCCCUUCUCUUCAUCCUGCAGUCUCCGGAUGCCAUGCUCUGCAGCUUUUUGGCUGAUUUGGAGAACAGGGACAGGUGCCUGCCUGCGUCAUUCCCUGUGAGAGUCACUUCUGUUUAUGCCGCAGAUGCUUCUGGGAGAUACCGAGCUCAUAAAAAGGCGAAGGCUUGGCAGGGAAGACUGGAAACACCCCUAGCCUCUCCUGAGGCAUGGACUAGAUGUCUCCUGAGUGAGCAGGACCUCCUGGGAAAGAAACUUUGUCUGUGACAGCUCUCUGGGGUGGGGGCUUCUCCCCAAGUGCUGCUUGUCCAUUUAGACCCGGGUCAUUUUCCACGCGUGAUCCUUUCUCUAGACCUUUUUCAGUGUUGGGGAAGAGUGGACAGUUUGUUUUCUUUAAUUAUAUUGCUUACUGUCCUAGGGAAAAUAUAGACACUCUACAGAUGACUUAAAGAAUAGCCAGAAAAGCACACAGCUUAGGAGUUGGGACAUUUAUUAUUUAUUAUUAAAAGUAAAAUUUUGACCUUAGUUUCUUAAAAACAAAUUAGAGAAGGAUGCCUACCUAAACCCGUCUUCCUACCUGCAGGUUUCAGAAACUAUAAUCAACUGAAAACGUCCUUCCAUCUCUUAGAUGGCCAUAUAUAGCCAGAGAAGCCCUCAGCUUUAAAGCUGGACUUUUCAGAACACCGAGUUGGGCUGGGGACAGAGCUCAGCUGGUAAAGAGCUCACCUAGCAUGCGUGAAACCCUGGCUUCAGUCUCCACCGUGAAAUCAACAGCCCAGGAGGUGUGGGGGGGAGCCUUUGAUCCUUGGAAAGUAGAGACAGGAGACUCAGAAAUUCAAGCUCUCUAGCAAGUUCAAGACUAACCUGAGAUACAUAAAAUGCUGUCUCAAAACAAAAAUCUGUUUUGAACAAGCUUUUGGUCCUUCAUACAUUUUUAGUGAAGGAACUGGAAUUUAUUUCCCUGCUUCCUUAGGUUUUCUGUUAA